AUGGGUCAGAAGGUCACAGGUGGGAUAAAGACUGUAGAUAUGAGGGACCCUGUGUACAGACCAUUGAAACAGGAGCUCCAGGGACUGGACUACAGCAAGCCCACCCGGCUGGACCUGCUGCUGGACAUGCCCCCUGUGUCCUACGAGGUGCAGCUGCUGCACUCGUGGAACAACGACGACCGCUCUCUGAACGUGUUUGUGAAGGAGGAUGACAAGCUCAUCUUCCACCGGCACCCGGUGGCCCAGAGCACCGAUGCCAUCAGGGGCAAGGUGGGCUACACACGGGGACUGCACGUGUGGCAGAUCACCUGGGCCAUGCGCCAGCGGGGCACCCACGCCGUGGUCGGGGUGGCCACUGCAGAGGCCCCCCUGCACUCCGUGGGCUACACCACACUCGUGGGCAACAACCACGAGUCCUGGGGCUGGGACCUGGGGCGUAACAGACUCUACCACGACGGCAAGAACCAGCCCAGCAAAACCUACCCCGCCUUCCUAGAGCCAGACGAGACUUUCAUCGUGCCCGACUCCUUCCUGGUGGUGCUGGACAUGGAUGAUGGGACACUGAGCUUCAUCGUGGAUGGGCAGUACAUGGGGGUUGCCUUUCGAGGACUCAAAGGGAAAAAACUCUACCCGGUGGUGAGCGCGGUGUGGGGCCACUGUGAAAUUCGGAUGUGCUACUUGAACGGACUGGACCCUGAACCACUGCCCCUGAUGGACUUGUGCCGGCGAGCUGUGAGGCUCGCCCUGGGCAAGGACAGACUGACUGAGAUCCCCACCCUGCCCCUGCCAGCCUCCCUCAAGAGUUACCUGCUCUACCAAUGA